AUGAUAUAACCUCAAAUUAUGUACAUGUAAAAUAAAUUCCAGAACAAUGAAUUAGAGUUGAUUUAAAUAGACUUAGUUGUUGUUUUGGAAACAUGUUUCACGUCAUAAAAUCGGUCGUAGUGACCGUUCCCAUUGUCAUAACAUUCGUUGAUACCGUUGGAUACAUUGCUCGUGUAGAUGGUACAUCAAUGCAACCGGCUUUGAAUCCAAAAACAGAAGAAUCGGAAGACUAUGUAUUUUUGUCAAAAUGGGCUCUAAAAGACGUACAUAGCGUUCAACGUGGUGAUAUUAUAUCCUUGACCUCACCAAAAGAUCCCAGUCAAAAGCUUAUUAAACGAAUCGUUGGAUUGCAAGGUGACAUUGUACCAACAAUUGGCUAUAAAAAACCAUACGUUAAAGUUCCGCCCGGACAUUGUUGGGUUGAAGGAGAUCAUACGGGUCAUUCGUUAGAUAGUAACACAUUUGGUCCAGUAUCAUUAGGAUUAAUGACAGCCCGUGCGACAUAUAUUGUAUGGCCACCAUCUAGGUGGCAAAAUCUAAGUGUAGCGAAUGAGGCACCACAACGACAAAAAUUAGUUGCAAUAGGAAAAUCAAGCAGCAGCAUAGACUAGAAUAGACAAUGAAAUGCUCGAGAAAAAUGUAUAUUUAAAAAUAAAUCAUCCUUUAAUUAAUAGAAUAAAAACUAUUUUUGUUUGUAUGGGUCAAUAUUAAUUGAAA